AUGUCUUCGUCGCCAAGCCGGAUCGCCGAGCUGGCAUCCGCCGUAGCCCAACAUACGCAGCGCAUCGAUGCCUAUCUCGCUGAGAAGGGCCUGCCAUAUCCCUCGUUCGAGGCCGACGGGCCUGCAGACUUGGGCCUGCCCCCGGACCUUGAGCUGUCUCGGACCUUAGUGCUGCAGGCAAGCCAGGAGCUCAACGAUCUAUUGCAGGGACCGCGAGACUUGCUCUUCAACCACCAUCACAACUCCCUUGUAUACCUGAAAGCAAUUUCGCGCUUCGACCUUGCCAACAAAGUGCCCCUCGAUGGAGAAAUCCCCUUUGCCGAUCUGGCUGCCUCGGCCGGCAUCGACUCCGCUGCGCUCACCACCAUUCUCCGCUUUGCAAUCGCCCAGCGGAUUUUCAGAGAACCUCGCCCGGGGGUGAUUGCCCACUCGUCGGCUUCCAGGCAAAUCGCAGAAGACACACGGGUGGCCAGCUGGGUGGGAGCCAAUGUAGACGACAUGUGGCCCGCGGCCGAAAGAGUAGUCGAUGCUCUGCAGAAAUGGCCGCUUGCCUCGGAGCCGAAUCAGACUGGCUUCGCACUUGCCAACGGAACAGAAGACUCGUUCUACGCGGAACUAGAGAAAAACCCCGAUCGAGCACGCCGCUUCGGCGGCGCAAUGAGCUUCUUCACCACGGGCGAUGGAUAUUCGCUGCGCCAUCUGGCCGACGGAUAUCCCUGGGCCAGCAUCCUCUCGUCAUCCGACGGAAAAGGCACCGUUGUCGACCUCGGCGGCUCGCAUGGCGACGCAGCAUUUGCGAUCGCGCGAAGUUACCCUAAUCUCAGUCUCAUCGUGCAGGAACUGCCGCAGGUAGUUGCCAACUCCACGGAGGAGGAAGGGCUGAACGUGAAGUUUAUGGUGCACGACUUCUUCGAAGAGCAGCCCGUGCAGGGCGCCGAUGCGUAUCUGUUCCGCUGGACACUGCACAAUUGGCCGGAUAAGUACUGCGUGAAGGCGCUGAGGGCGCUGGUUCCGGCUCUGAAGACUGGGGCGCGCGUGCUUGUGAUGGACUUUGUGAUGCCGCCGCCGGGAGUGCUGCCGAAUGAUUUGGAGCGGAAAUUGAGGGCUAUGGAUCUUACAAUGUUGGAGAUUGGCAAUGCGAGGGAGCGCGACGCCGAGGGAUGGACUAGUCUAUUCAACCAGGCUGAUCCACGAUUUGUCUUUAAACGCGUGAUACAGCCCGAGGGCUCUCGGCUUGCCAUUCUUGAAAUAACUUGGGAGGGCUGA